GAAGUUUAGGCCUAGCAGCGCAAACUAACCCUGUCUGUUGUAGUCUGGCGUGAAAUUAAGUAUCCUACUAUAAAAAUGUAAAAAUAAAAUCGUACAUUUGUGUAGCCUUUCCAGCGUUCAGGCAAGUAAUCUAAUCAAUAUUAGCUUGCACUGGAUUAGCAACGUCUGCUUUUUUGGCCAAUCAGAUAGGACUACUGGGAGAUUGUCGCGCAACGUCAUGAAUAUUCAUAACCCAGUCCUUCAACGUUGUAGAACCAAUAGGAGGCGGAGCCAAACCGUCAUCCCUCCUUUCCCAUCUUCUGUAUUCAAGGAAGGAGAAAUAUGGCGCCUACACAUGUACUGAGAUGCUGUCAAAGGGGUCUGGCUUGGAUACCGGUGAUAUUUAUUGCUUUAGUGGUGUGCUGGUCGUAUUAUGCAUACGUGGUGGAGCUGUGUCUGUUUACUAUUCCAAGUUCUAUUGAAAAAGUUAUCUACCUGACUCUGUUUCAUGUGUCAUUCAUCAUGUUUGUGUGGUCGUACUGGAAAACUAUAUUUACAAGACCAGCAACCCUUCCCAAAGAGUUCUGUCUACCCAGAUCUGAGAAAGAGCAGUAUGAGAAAGAACAGCGUCCAGAAACUCAGCAGGAGAUCCUGAAGAAAGUGGCCACCGGUCUCCCCCUUUACACCCGCACUGGUGCAGGAGCUAUCCGGUACUGUGACCGCUGCCAGGUCAUCAAGCCAGACAGAUGUCAUCAUUGUUCUGCAUGUGACAUGUGUGUACUAAAGAUGGAUCAUCACUGUCCAUGGGUGAAUAACUGUGUGGGUUUCUCCAACUACAAGUUCUUCAUCCUGUUCCUGACUUAUUCGCUUGUAUACUGCUUAUUCAUCGCAGCCUCUGUCCUUCAAUACUUCAUAAAGUUCUGGACACUUUGCCGGAGGAAAUCGGCUGAGAGUUGUCCAAAGAACGACCCGCCAGAGUCUCACGCCAAAUUCCAUGUCUUGUUUCUCUUUUUUGUGGCGGCCAUGUUCUGCAUCAGCAUUCUUUCACUCUUCACAUACCACUUAUGGCUUGUGGGAAAAAACCGGUCCACCAUAGAAGCCUUCAGAGCCCCGGUCUUCAGAAAUGGCCCUGAUAAAAAUGGAUUUUCCCUGGGCUUCUGCAAGAACAUUGCUCAAGUGUUUGGGGACCAGAAGAAGUACUGGCUACUUCCUGUCUUUACCAGUCAAGGAGAUGGCUUUUCUUUUCCUACACGGUUGGUCACUAUUGAUCUAGAGCAGCCCACUGAAUGUCUCCAGCCUGCCGGGUUGGAUAAAGGUGCUGUAGAAAAUUCUGCUGAGAAAACCACCCCUCUCAGUGAGUCCCAAAACCAUCUAUUAGGCAGUGCUUACCACAUUGAAGAAGAUCACGAAGAGACAGACGUCUUAAAGUCUGAUGAAAGCGAAGCUGUCGCUAUCUCCAUUGAGAAUGAGUCAUAGCCAGGACUGAAGCUGGUGAGGGGUGAAUCCUCAGUGGUCUCGUGCCUUCGACUCGCAGUAUUGGGGACUGUUGAGGAGAAUCACAUCACAUCACACUGAUGCCUUAAACAGCUCUUUUUCUCUGAAAGAUCCUGAAUACCCAUCACUUCUGGAGCGUCACAUCUGUGAUUGCUCCCAGUCCCCAUUCAACUAUAGUAGCUGCACUCUUUCAACAAAGAGAUUGCACGCAUGUCUUUUCCAUCCAUCGUUUUUGCAUAACAAACUCUUUUGUUGCUCAGGCCUUCACGAGACAUGCAGAUUUCAUGUGCAUGUGAACUGAUACAGGGGAUAUUCAACUAUUCUCCAAGUGUUUACCACAUCUGGUACCAGCUGCUGUUUACUUGAGGGACAGGUGGGAAAUGGAUCCAUACCAAGUGAACGGUCUGACUGAGCUUGUCUUGAAACCUAUGUGCCACAGAUUUAAUGGACACUGUAGAGCGCAGGUGCCCAAUAAAGUGUGUGUGUGUGUAUAUAAAUAAAUUAUAUAUAUAUAUAUAUAUAUAUAUAUAUAUAUAUAUAUAUAUAUAUACACACACACACACACACGUUCACAAAGUGCAAUGGAGUGUGUCCAGGCAGAGGAAAAAUGCCUGAAAAAGACUGAAAAUCUAUUUUUUUUUUUUUUCUUAAGCUGCUUCACUUAUGGUGACUUUUAUUAUUGUUUUUUGUCGUCAUCUAGAGAUGAUUCUGGUGUGAAAUGUUGUGCACACGUCGGCCACAUUGUGUAUGCCAAAUAAAGGGCUUAAUACCAGAGCUCUGAACUCUACAGGAGUGUUUACAAAAUGUCAGUAAUACAUCUCUGCUCAUGCAGUGUAGCGAGUCUCACUAGAAACCAAACUGAAAUGUUUGUAGGUUCCUCCUGCAGUAUCAAAACUGUCCAGCAGGCUGCAUUUACACUGCUUGAUAUUGUAUUACGUGUUCAAUGUUCUUUGGUAUUGUAUCAUCAGACUUUAUUAGUCAAAAUCCUCCUUAAAUUAUGUUUUUACCCUUUUUUCCUUUUAUAUUUUAUACAUAAGAAUUGUGAAUAGCUCUAUAGAUACAGACUACUUAUUUUUAAGCCAUAUUCGCAAAGCAGUAAAGGUGAAAUGUAUUUAUAUUUAUCGUAAAUUAUCAUUUGUAACCUUUGGUCCAGUGUGGAAUAAUAAUUGUGCCUGUCAGCUGUGACCGUAGCGUGAGUUACGCGGAGCUGAUGUGUGGUAAUCCAGAUGUGUUUAUGUACUACAAAGUGAAUCGCAGUGAUUGCUUCAUUUGUGGUGUGACUUUUCUAAAGAAAUGCCUUGACAAAUCAAGACUUACUUGUAAGUGUGCAUCGUAAAGGACGCUGUUCCGGAGUGUUUGUUUCAAAUGAGGUCGUAAUAAGUAAAUGAACUGGUAAAAAGACAAAAUAUCUCCAUACAGAAAAACAAAGCAGUCUUUCGUGAAUUUACACCUGCAGCAUCUUAUAUAAAACUUUUACUGUCUCUGAUCGGGCUUUGAAGGGCUUGUAAGUAUUACCAGAUGGGUUUUUAUUGUUCUUUAAGACAUCUUUGACUGUUUAUGUGCUGAGAAGUUUUGUUUAUUACAGAUGACUUGCUGCAAUUAUUACAUUUACCAUCAGUGACCAGACUUAUGGUUCAUAACCGCAGUAAUGAAGAUUCCAGCAAGUCAUCUGUAUGUAAAUGGUGUAGAUGUUUUGCUGUUUUUGUGGUGUUAAGGAAUGUGUUUACUGGUAAAGAAUGUUUUAGGGUUUUUUGUUUGUUUUGUUAUUCUCUUGGACAGCCUUAUGAAUUACACAGCCUUUACAUUAUCCGUAUUAUUAUUAUGUAAUUCAUUACAUUUUUGAUUUUAUUAGUAAAGAAAAAACAAAACCUGAAGCCAUAAUGAAAUUAUUAUAGAAGGGUUGGUGUUGGGUUGUCCUUGUACCAUGUUCUUUUAAUUUCUGCCACAAUCAUAUUAAUUAACAAAACUAAAGCCUUGUGUUUCGAUGCAUGUCAAAAUCAGUUGUAUAUUUGAUCUGCUGAUGUGCAAGCCUGGAGGAUAGAUUUUGUUAAGUACAUCUUUUGAAAUAGAUGUUACAGAUAAUUUAUUAACAAAUAAAUUUUUUACUUUAACGUG